AUGUUCAAGCUAUCCUUUGCCUUGUUGGCCCUUUUGGGAGCUACGCUAGCCUACGAACAUCACGGAUUCGUCAGCGAAGUCAAGCACAUCCCGUACAAAUUCUACGGUGGUGGCGGUUUUGGCGGUGGACAGGGUGGUUUUGAGGGUGGCAUCGGAGGCGGUAUUGGCGGUGGCAUCGGAGGAGAUGAGGGUAAGGACUACUAUGCCUACCCGAAGUACAAGUUCGAGUACGGAGUGAAGGACUACCACACCGGUGAUCACAAGAGCCAGUGGGAGGUUCGGGAUGGAGAUGUCGUGAAGGGCGAGUACACUCUGGAUGAGCCGGACGGUUCGACCCGCAUCGUGAAGUACCACGCCGACAGCAAGAACGGAUUUGAGGCUGUCGUCAAGAACAUUGGCAAGGGAGGUCUGCAGCAGGAGAGUGGCUCGAUUGGUGGAGGACUGGGAGGAUUCGGUGGCGGAUACGGUCAUGGCUACAGCUACAGCAAGCUGAAGAAGUUCAACUAA